UAAUCAAAAAAUAUGUCAUAGUUAAACGUAUUAUUUGUACGCAACUGAAUUUUCCUAUUUUCUAUAAUUAUUUUAAAUGAUUUGAGGCUUAAAAUUCUGAUAUUUAUUUGUCUUACAUGAUUUAAGGGAAUUAUUUUAAAAUUUUGCCUUACACAUCUUGGAUCUGAGAAAUUUAUUAUAAUGGCGGAAAAUCAGAAACAGUUCACGUUACUACCUAAGAUUUUAAAUGGGGGCAUAGCAGGGAUUGUUGGGGUCGCAUGUACGUUUCCGUUGGAUUUAGUUAAAACUCGACUUCAGAAACAGUCUGUUGGUAAAGAUGGAAAAAUGAUGUACUCAGGCAUACCGGAUGCCUUUAAAAAAAUUUUCGCGUCAGAGGGAUUACGUGGAAUGUACCGAGGCUCAGGCGUCCUUAUCCUACUGGUUACACCUGAAAAAGCAGUCAAAUUAGCGGCCAACGAUUUCUUCCGUUAUCACUUUAAAGACGCACAAAAUAACUUAACAGUAUUUCGGCAAACGGUAGCAGCAGCACUGGCGGGUGUCGCUCAUGUUUUCGUUACCACACCAAUGGAACUUCUUAAGAUCCAGUUGCAGGAUGCGGGAAGGAUCGCGGCAAUGGACGCAAAAAUUGAUCCGAAAACUGGUAGAGCAAUCAUUCCCAAAAUAUCAGCGACAAAAAUCACCAUGGACAUCAUAAGGCAAAGGGGCGUCACUGGGCUUUUUAAAGGAAUAGUUGCUUGUUGGGCCAGAGACGUACCUUUUUGUAUGAUAUAUUUUCCACUUUUUGCUGCGUUGGAUCGGUAUGGACCUAGAAAACCCGAUGGAUCAGGGGAUGCCAAGUUUUAUUGGUCCUUUAUAUCGGGAAUGGGAGCUGGUGGGACCGCUGCCUUCUUAAUGACCCCAUGUGACGUCAUAAAGACUCGAAUUCAAUCACUCAGUAAAGCCAAAGCGGACAAAUCCUACGCAAGCGUUUGGGGUGCCUUCAAGGAUAUUUUACAAAACGAAGGAAUCAGGGCGUUUUUCAAGGGUGGUGCCUGCCGCCUAAUCGUCAUCGCCCCCUUAUAUGCCAUAAUACAAGGAGUUUACUUCUUGGGGGUCGCUGAAAAAUUAUUAGGAAUCGAAAAAGAUGUUAAACAUGUAAAGAAAUAAUAUGAAAACUGGUAUUUUUAAAUAUAUAAAACAAAACAAA